AUGGGCAUAUUUGUCGGCGGCGGUGUUUUGUUGCUGCGCCGCCGACCGGCGGACCGCGGACCGCGGACAGCAGUGUGCAACCAGCAACGGCGCCGAUGCACCGUGUCGUUCAGCAGUCGCACGCCGUCCGCGCAGCGCCGACUCUCCGGCUUUUCCGUUGCUGUCCGCGCGUUCAAAUCGCCGUCGCCGUCGCCGCCGAGUCAUGAGACGGCACAACCGACCGACAGCUGUUGCACGACGACUCGCGACCACUACGACAAUAAUAUAAUAUUAAUUAUUAUAUCGGAUACGCCUCCCGGACCGCGCGCCCGCGAGUUUACCGCGUAA